GCUCUGCCUCCUUCCCUCUCGCUGCAGCGAUGAAAGCGGAGGAGAAGCUCGACAGGAACCCGUAGCUACGCCAUAAAACCGUUUGUUAGCGCCGAGAUACUCGUUUGGCCAGUGGCUAGCCUGUUGAGGUCGAAGCCCUCUGAUGGUUUAGUCGAAGAUUGCCGUGUCAGAGGGGAACCCGAGCAAGCAGAGAGAGACAGAGGGGGGUUUGUCGGCCCACUGCAGUCUGAAUCACCGGAGACUCGCCCCACCGCUGGUUCAUCAUCGACGUCGUUGGCCCAUCGACGUGCGCAUCCUCUCGGAGGCAGAAAGCAACGGGAAAAGCCCGCGUUUGGCCCUCUGCCGCAGCCCCGAGGUGCGCUGCUUGGCAGAGCAUGCUAAAUAAUGAGCCAAAGGGACACACUGGUUUAUUUGUUCGCUGGAGGAUGUGGGGGUACAGUGGGCGCUAUUUUGACUUGUCCUCUGGAAGUGGUGAAGACCAGACUGCAGUCCUCCUCCGUCACUCUCUACAUAUCUGAGGUCCAGCUCAGCACCGUCAACGGAGCCAGUGUGGCCCGUGUUGCUCCACCAGGGCCUCUGCACUGUCUCAAGUUAAUUCUAGAGAGAGAAGGACCCCGUUCACUCUUCAGAGGACUGGGACCCAACCUUGUAGGUGUGGCACCGUCCAGGGCGAUCUACUUUGCGGCCUAUUCAACAGCCAAGGAGAAGCUGAAUGGGGUGCUGGAGCCAGACUCUACCCAGGUGCACAUGGUAUCAGCUGGGAUGGCAGGGUUCACUGCCAUCACAGCCACCAAUCCCAUCUGGCUGAUAAAGACCCGUCUGCAGCUGGACGCCAGAAACCGGGGUGAGCGGCGAAUGAAUGCAUUUGAGUGUGUGCGGCGGGUGUACCAGAUGGACGGUCUGCGUGGUUUCUACAGGGGCAUGUCAGCCUCAUACGCUGGCAUCUCUGAGACUGUUAUCCAUUUUGUCAUCUAUGAGAGCAUCAAACGUAAACUGCUGGAGUCCAAGGCCCACUCCAGCAUGGACGAAGAGGACGAGUCAGUCAAAGAUGCCUCAGACUUUGUAGGCAUGAUGCUCGCAGCAGCCACCUCCAAGACCUGUGCCACCUCCAUCGCCUACCCUCAUGAAGUGAUCCGCACACGGCUACGAGAAGAGGGCAGCAAGUAUCGCUCCUUCUUCCAAACUCUGCUCACGGUACCCAGGGAGGAGGGAUACCGGGCGCUUUAUCGCGGCCUAACCACCCACCUUGUCAGACAGAUUCCCAACACCGCCAUCAUGAUGUGCACCUAUGAAGUGGUGGUCUACCUGCUUGGCUGUUAGCCCACCAGGUGUGUCUCCUUACUAUUUAAAGAAGGAGACAGUUAGAAAAUGACUGAGAAGGAUGCUCUUUGGCAAGUGGGGGUGAAAUUUCAAAAUGAAGACCAAAGGAAAACCGAAGAUACUCUAGUGGACCAGGAAAGGACAAAUGGAAAACACAUGAAGAAAAAGGAAGGAGGAAGUUUUUAUCCAAUCAGCAUCACAACCCGCAGCUGCCUUUAUUGGGCUGCUGGAACUGAUAGAGGGUGCUAUAGGUCACAGAAGCAGUAAUAUGGGUGGGGCAGGAAAGGAGGCACUGACAGGAAAGAUGCAGAAAACACAAGGUUCCUCUGAAGGAAAAGAUUUUAAGCACAUUUCCAUGGCCUUAACAGAAAGAGUUUUAGUUUGCAUCCUUCUUUCUGAGCGAAGAGUAAAAAACUUUUUUUUCACUCUCAUAGACAUGAUUUUUUGAAGGGGGAAUGCUUGGAGACAACUGAACUUGACAGGAAAGAUGAUAACUAAAUGUAGGUCAAUUUCAAUAAUCCCUAAAAUCUCUAUUUGGCACUAUUUGUCUGCACAAGACUGUGAGACUGCUGUACUGUUAUAUGACUGGGAGUUAAUGUUCAUUUAAGGUCAAUUUUCAUUUGAAACAAAGACAUCACUGUUUUUAAGUCACCUAGAACCACCCAUCUUUGCACUACAGAAAGAGUGGCUUCAAGCAUUCCCCCCUGAGCACUGCAGCCAAUGCCUCGGACACUAGCAAGUGUUUGUAAAGAGUAGGUUGAAAACCUGACUUUCAUUCAGUGUUUGAUUCCUCUAUAGCUCAGUGCCUGGUGGUGACAUGCUUUGGCUGAAGUUGGCCUGUGGCGUUGACAGUUUACUAAAACUGAAAAGAGAUCAUAUACAACGCUAGCUUCUUCCUGCACCUGGUCACUGCUCAGGACUUCUUGUGAAUCUAAUGUGGAAACAUGAGACUAACGUGUCCUUUCUGAGAUGUGAAGUGUGUGACUGUCCAAAGGUACCAAGACUAAGUAUCUACCAUUGGCGUGCCACUACUUGAAUAUAAUGUGACAGUGUGGGGAAAUGUUGGAGUGGGAGAAUGUUGAAAGAGUUUCAUCAUCACCUCAUAACCAGUUUGUCUGUGUGUAUGUGUAUGUGUGUGUGAGUGAUUGUGUAUGUACGUAUGUGUGAGUCUAACAUGUUAGUCACUUCAGGAGUGUGUGUGUGUGUGUGUGUGUGUGUGUGUGUGUGUCUGUCUGUGUGUUAGUGUGUGUGUGUGUGUGUGUCUGUCUGUGUGUGUGUGUGUGUGUGUGUGUAUUUGUGCAUCUGCAGUCAUGUGUGCCUGCAUGUAUAAUAAAUAUCUACUCCAGAUUUCCCUCCUCUAAAUAUUAAUCUUGCAAGACACUGCGAGUGUGGAAAAGCUCCUGUACGAUACUGGGAGCUUUCUUUCCCACUGUCAUGCCAGUCCUUCCUUCCAGUGGCUUCCAUCUGACCUGAUAACAUGCACUUUUGUGGCCUUUUAGGGCUUGUGCUUUGCAUUUUAUUGUGUGGACAGUUUAAACUUGUACAUUGUAAAAGAAAAAAAGUAUUACUGUAUAUCAAAAUGGUAUUUUGCGCAACUGUUCUUAUAGCAGAUAUAUUGUACAGUUUAGAGUUUUCAGUAGUUGUGAAGGAUGUCCAAAUGUGUUCAUAUAAUAUAGAUACUGUAUAUGCAUAUCAUUUAUUGUUUUUUGUUUUUUUCUUAGGUCCAUGUAUGAUCAUGCUCUAGUUUGCAUUUGCAAAUGAUUGUUCUUUGUGCAAUUUAAGCUUUUUUUUGACAUGGACAGUUGACAUGAAUAUUGAAAUUGCUUGACGUUUUUUUUGUGUGUGUGUCCCCCCCCCCUUAAAAAUUCUUUCUUUGUUGUUGUUGUUUUUUUGUUUUGUUUUUAUUUCCCCUACAUUUGUGUGUUGCUCUAAGCUGUCAUGCAAACAUUUGUGCGUUCAUAAAAACUAACAAAAACUGCAGUACAAAUACUUUGAUGUAAGCAUUUUUGCUGGAGCAUUGGUUAGUCGUUUUACAGCGGUCAUAAAUUGUUCCAUUUUGCAAGGUUUUUUUCAUUCGUUAUGUUUACAUUGUUCCCUACUGUCUGUCAGGCUAUUUUUGGUUCUCCUAGUAACAUGUUUUGAAUAUCUAGAUGGAAGUGUUUUAAUGUGAGAGUUCAAGAACUGGAAUCUGCAGAGUACCACAGUGAGUUGGGAUUGUUAAAGACUGAGUGUGAGAGAUACAUUGCUAUUGCUAUAAUUUUUUUCUGUAGAGGGUUGUUGGUAUGAGACAGUAAAUGUACCCUUUGAAGCCAUCACUUUAAAAAGUUCACAUUGCAAAAAAUUUAGCACACAUCUUUUCAUAUUGUUACCAAGCACCUUAUCAAAUUUUCUCUCUUAUAUUGCUCAUUAUCAGAACAUCCUUUUAGAUGACUUUUAAAACUUCUCCAGACAGAGAAAAUCCCUCUCACCACAGCCUCUCGGACGUAGUUGCUGUCUCAGUGCACACUCAUUCUUCUUAUGGAAAUGAUAAAGGUCACAGAGUUUUCAUGUUUAAAAAAAACCUAUUGUAUUUAUUUCACCAGCCCCAGAAAAUCUGGUGCAUCCACCCAUGAUGUUCUUGAACGCUCUCAUUUUUCCAGCCUUGUUGCGGUAUCAUUCAGAGGCUAACUGAGGUCCUGUAACUUGGAAUGGUUAUUGAUUUCCAGUCUCCAGUGACAUGUUGCUGUCAGUGCUUGAAAAAACUUUUGCUGACUCAUUUUAAUGUCCAUGUUUUCCCAGAAAACACUAAUAGCUUUUAUGUCUUUGGCUCCAUUGCAGUAAUACUUGAGGUCAAAUGACCAAAAUGUGCCAUGAACAGACAACUGGACAAACAGUGCAAACAUAUUAUUUACCUCUCAUUUCAUUGUCUGUAUUCAGUUCAGUCUCUUCAGCCUGUAUUGCUUGAACAGGAUGCAGCCUCAAGCAGGAUUGAAUGAAACCUGGAAGACUGGUUUUUGCAAGCUCAGUCGUUGAUGUGUUUUUUUUUUGUUUUUGUUUGUUUGUUUUGAAACACAAAAGUAAAUAAAAAUCAAUU